AUCGCUGUCUUGAUUGGCGCUCUUUCUUGUUUACGCAUUUCACUUUCUGCCGAAAUUUGCAACUCUUCUAAUUAAAUCCAAAUAAACUGCUGAAUAAUUAUGGAUGCCUUUGAUCCACGCUCGAUUAUCAACGGCGGUAUGCUGAAGCAGUUUUCCGGCCAAACCGUGAGCAUAAUGGUGCGCGUGGAGAGCGUGGCGGGAUCCACUUUGCUGGCCAAUUCCACGGACAACCACAAGCUGAAGAUCAAUCUGCCGGGUGAACUGAGUGCCGCCGACGGAGCCUGGGUGGAGGUGAUUGGAGUGCCACAUGGUGCCGACACCAUCAGGGCCAAGGAGGUCAUUGAAUUCGGCGGCGAGAAUAUCGACUUCGAUAAGGAUGGCUACAAUGGUUUGAGCCAUCUGAUCAACAACGUCAAGUCCUUCUACCGCAGCGGCUAGGACUCCAUCAUCCUCUAAUUUCCACAUCUAUUGUUUAUAAUUAUAUGUACCUUAAGCUAAGUUUAUCCAUUUUUUGGAAUGCACGCAAAAAUCAGUUGCUGAAAUAAACUACCAUUAUUCGGCGUA